AUAAAACUGCCUUGCUUGUAUUCGGUGGAAGAGCCUCGUCUGCAUCGGUCAGUGCUGAAAACAUUUUAGAAAGGAAGAAAAAAAAAUUGUUGCCGUCUGCUAACCUAACAAUUCGCUUCAGUUACAUCGGCUGACAACUACACUUGAAGGAGCAACAAUUUUGCGUCCAGUCAAAAGAAAAAACAAAACUAUCCUAUAGUCUUAAAAAUAAUCAGCGUUCGGCGUUAAUUUUCCUACAUACAGUAAGAAAACUAAAAAUCUUACCACCAUGAACGGAUUAUAUUAUGGAAUAUGCCUUUUAUUCGCGAUUGGCAGUACCAUGGCUGACUGCAACAUUCAAAAGGUAAUCGAAUGCCAAAAUCAAUACGCUCCAAAGAUGCAAGACGGCGGAGAUAAAGAGACUCGGUGCAAAGUAGCUUCAGACUUCAUGAACUGUAUGGAUUCGGCCGCUAGCGGUUGCGGUGAUGAAGUGGAGAAAAUAUUCGACCAAGUUCGUCAAUCCAUUAAAAAAUUAGGAUGUCCAGAGUCAUCAAACGUACCCAAACUGUAUGCUCAUAGCAGUGUCAUCUCUGGUGCUUUCAUUGCAGCAGUCGCCUUCAAGAAGUUACUUCUUUAAAAUUUUUUAUUAUAUAUUCAUAAAAUUGAUAAAUAUAUGUUGAUUUAAAAGUUGUAAACUUGCUUUCUAAAUGAAUGUACGAGUUCAAAGAGUACAAA